AUGCCUUCCGAGCCCGAAUUCUCUCAAAAGUGGAGGAAACAGCAGGCCUGUGACCGGUGUCGUCGAUUCAAGGUUCGAUGUCAGUACGAGACUCCUGAGGAUGUUUCGUGUAUCAGGUGCACAAAAGCCGGUGCUGAAUGUGCCAUCACGGCAGGGGCUCAUGGUCCUGGUGCUGGUGGAGCAGCUGGUUCAACACGAAAGCGAAAGAAGGCUGCUACUGAAUCGACAGCUCUGACAACUACGACAUUGUCGCCAGCAGGAUCCAACUCGAUCAGUUGUGACGAGUGUUUUGCUCAGAAACGGCCUAUUAUUUCUCAUGAAGAGAGAUUAGACAGAAUCAAUCUGCUUAAAAGACGUGUAGAACUCGCCAAUGAAGAGAUUUCCAUGCUGAAAUCUCUCGACUUCCAGGGCGACAAGGGCGUUUUAAUGCACACACAGCUGAAAUUUCGCCAACAACAGACCAAAAAAGCCGAAGAACCACUGUCAGCUUCGUCUACAACAUCGUCUCCGGUUUCUUCUUACACUAAUCCUCCAUCCAACUAUAUUGAUGAACAAUAUUUAUAUGCUGCUGAUACUUCCAUCGGCACGAGAGUCAGCUGGCUACCACCAGUACGGGUUACUUGUUUUAAUUGUGUCGAAUUUGCUAUCAAGUACGGUUUCUACACAGAGAGUGAACUACAGAAUUUCUUCGAGUCCUACGUGACGAAUCUCGCUUUGUAUCUACCAUUUCCGUUAAGCGAUCGGUUGCCUUAUAAUGAGAUGCGUAAAGUAAGUCCUGUACUAACAGUGACUGCUGCUACUUGUAUGGCAGUGUGCUCAACAACCGACCGAGCAAAGGAACGAAUCGCGUUUUUGGAACGGGUGGUUGGCGAAGCUGUGUUUAUAGAGCGUCAUUUGAGUCUGGAGCUACAAAUGGUACUGAUUAUGAUUACAGUAUUUGUAUCGCCGAAAAUCGACCGUCAAGCCCCAUUCCAGCUGCUGAUAUCGUUGGCAGUAUCAUUAUCACUUGAUCUGGGUUCAGACGAAGAUAUAGAUACUUUGAACGAUGUCAACAGUGAUCCCGAAGCAGUCAAGAUUGCAUUCAAACGAACAAGAGCAUACAUUUCACUGUGUACAUGUAUUGCUGGUAUGGCGCUCAACUCGGCCAGACAGAGACUACUACAGGUAAUGUCACACUGUGAACGAUGCUGUGACGCUGUUCUAUCAAGAGCUCCUAGCUACGAUAAACCAAUUGUUUAUCUACUGAAGAUGAUGUUGUAUUAUAAUACCUCGAUCGACAAAUUACGAGACCCCUAUGAGCCAUUUUCAAGCCUGUUGAGUCAUUACGAGACUACCCGAGAAAAACUAGAAGCACUAUAUACCGAGGGUGAUGCAGCAGCGCUGGACUGGAUAGAAGAUAGGUUUCGCAUUCCUAUUUAUUCAAGUUAUCUGAUACUUCUCCAGUCACUUAAUGAAUGCAUGUUGAGCAGAUUAGCCAUGCUUGAUACCAGUGAGCCUCAAUUUAGAGAGUUGUGGUACAAAUUCGCCGAGGAAAUCAAACGACUGGCUAAACUGAUAAUUGACGGGUUUUUGGAGUUGUCGAAAUACGGCAGUAGUUUCCCGAAUUUCAUGUACUUCCGACCACUUCACGCCCUGACGUCGUUGAUUCGACUACGACUAGUUUCUUGGAGUAUGAGACUGGAAAUCGAUAUCGAUGUCGAGACUCCAUUUAAACAAGCCAAAGCAGCGUGGAUCGAGAUGAAAAAGACAAGUUAUGUUGGAGAGCAGUUGUACGAGUUUCUCACCAAAGUCGAGACCUGGAUGAAUAUCAAGCUGGGUCAUGCCAGCCAGCAAGAAGCUGAAACAACGCUACAAGUUGGAAGGGCUAAGAUGCCUCCUUCUGCCGUGAGCAGAGGAACUAUCGAUACACUUCACCGAAUCAUUCGAGAAGUGAUUACCGAUCCAACUACUGCACAAAAGAAGAAACGCCAGGAAAGUAUAACCUCCGGUUCUGUGUCUAACUCAGGUACUACAGCCAGUCCGACUCCUGCUCCACUUCCACAAGUGCAACUUCCACCACCUCCACAACCAGAACCACAACCACAACCAAUGACUCAACGAACACAACCCCCCUCACUUCCACUAGCAGCGCCAUUCCCGCCUCUAGCCAGAUUCACCAUGGCGCGACCACGAGCCGGACCCGGACAAUUAACCCCGCCAAUUAUUCCCCAUCCCGCUUCACAAGCACAAUCACAACAAACACAAACACAACCACCACCAGCUCAACCAGCUCGUAAUCAAAUACCAUCAACCCUGCCACCACCUCAACAGCAGAUCAAACACGACGUGCCAUCACAAGCAGCACCACCGCCAGCCCAUUCCAUGUCGUCUUCAUCAUCCUCACCUGCCACUACCGACGACAGCAGUAAUAUGAACCCCACACCCUUCAACAAUUACUACAUGGACCAAUACGACAUGAAAGACCCCAUAGCCGGGGCCAAUCAACCCGCUCUCGACGGCAGCAUGCUGCCCAUGAUGUACGUCGACGGCACCUCGUUCAUCAACCAACCCAAUGACAUCGAAGACCUCCUCAAAGAACUCUUCAACGAAGUCAACAGCGGCAGUCUCUAA